AUGUGUCAUCAACUGCCCCCGCAUUCUUUAGCGCUGGAUGCGGAGUUUGAGGCCGCAGCAAGGCGAUUUCAUGGUAGUGUGAGGGAGAGUGAUUUGGCCACCCCGCAACAAGAGCAGCGGCAGCAAGAACAAGAAGAACAAUUGCAUGAUCGAGGCAGCACAACAGGCCUGUUGUGGAGAAAUGGGGCUCGGGUAGAAGCUGUGGGAAAUCUGGUACGUCUCUCCCGUAAAACACAAACACAGUGCGAGGCGGACAUAACACAGUACCUGUGGCCUGAAGAAAGGCUCUUGUGGUAUUCCCUCAAGGAGAAAAUGGCGCUCUUGCAGGAGCGUACCGCAGAGUUGGCAAGCUGA